CUCCCGCAAAUUUCAAGCAAGAACGUAAAGGACUUCUGCGGCUAAAAGGACUCCUGUUCGAGGUCAUUCCUGCGCCUGACACCCACAGACAUCUGCUUUCCCAAAGCUAAGGGCAGUGACAAGAUUUUUAUGGCUCAGCCUGCACAAGCCAUGGAGGCCCCUCCAGCCCCUCAAAACUGGAAGUCCGCGCUGAAGUUACCACCGAAGGACGCCAGGAUCCGCACGGAGGAUGUGACAAACACCAAAGGCAACGAGUUUGAGGACUACGUGCUCAAGAGGGAGCUUCUUAUGGGAAUAUAUGAGAAGGGUUUUGAGAAGCCAAGUCCCAUCCAGGAGGAGAGCAUCCCAAUUGCAUUGACUGGCAGGGACAUUCUCGCUCGAGCGAAGAACGGCACGGGCAAGACCGCUGCAUUCACCAUACCACUGCUGGAAAGGAUUGAUACGAGCAAGAACGAGAUACAGGCUAUGAUCCUCGUCCCGACGCGAGAGUUGGCACUCCAAACGAGCCAGGUCUGCAAGGAAUUGGGAAAGCAUCUCGGAGUGGAGGUCAUGGUCACCACGGGCGGAACCAGCCUCAGAGACGACAUCAUGCGCUUGCACGCUGUGGUGCACAUCAUGGUCGCCACCCCGGGCCGCAUAUUGGACCUCUCAUCCAAGGGCGUUGCCAAGCUGAACAAGUGCAAAAUGCUCGUCAUGGACGAGGCUGAUAAGCUCCUGUCUCCAGAGUUCCAGCCGAUCAUCGAGCAGCUGAUCUCUUUCCUAGCAGCGGAGCGCCAGAUCUGCUUGUACUCCGCUACCUUUCCUGUGACUGUGAAGCAGUUCAAGGAGAAAUUCUUGAAGAAGCCCUACAUUAUCAAUCUGAUGGAAGAGCUGACCCUGAAGGGUAUCACACAGUACUAUGCCUUUGUCGAGGAGAAGCAGAAGGUGCACUGCCUGAACACCCUCUUCUCCAAGCUGCAAAUCAACCAGUCUAUCAUCUUCUGCAACUCUGUCAACCGCGUGGAGCUGCUGGCCAAGAAGAUCACUGAGCUGGGCUACUCCUGCUUCUACAUCCACGCCAAGAUGUUGCAGAGCCACCGCAACCGCGUCUUCCACGACUUCCGCAACGGAAACUGCCGCAACCUCGUCUCGUCAGAUCUCUUCACUCGCGGUAUCGACAUCCAGGCGGUGAAUGUGGUGAUCAACUUCGACUUCCCCAAGAACUCCGAGACCUACCUGCACCGUGUCGGCCGCUCCGGUCGUUUUGGCCACCUCGGCCUGGCCGUCAACCUGAUCACCUAUGAGGACCGCUUCAACCUGUUCCGCAUCGAGCAGGAGCUGGGCACCGAGAUCAAGCCCAUCCCCCCCGUCAUCGAGAAGACCCUCUACUGCGUCUGAGCGCCGGCGCAGCCGCCGACAUCAGCCACGGCAAUGUGGAGACGGGCCACACUGUGCUACGCGCGUUGCUUGCAAGUUGGAAAGCAGCAGCGUGCCCGCCCGUGGACCCAGCAAAAUCUGAUUAGAGACUCUGUGAAGGAGUGGAGACGCCGCCAGAUGCAUGCACGACAAACAACCCAAAAACUGCUGGCUGUCCUUUGAGAGGCAGCUGCAUCUGGCAUGAGGCGGCGGCCCCUGGAGGCGAAUGAAGUUGAGCCGUCUGGAAAUGCUUGUGCGUGGCAGAUGUGUUGCCGCGCAGCCAGCAUUGCAUUCUACGUCAGGAGAGGUAGUGUGGGAUCCUCAAAAGAGGGGGGCUCACUCGCCCCCCUGGCAAGCAGCACCCUUGGGAAGAUGCAAUUGGCGCAGCAACCCCUGGUGCAGCGCAGCGGAACCACAUACCCACCCACAAAUCAAGGGGCGGAAGUGCCACAAAUAUGACGUAGCACACUGCUGUGUUCCCGCCGCAGAGCAGCGCACUCACUGGUCUCGGUGCACGCUCGGCGUGUGUGAACAAAGCUAGCACAUUCUUUUUGGUAGGAUGGCAGAGAGUUCCGGAGAUUUUUUCAGAUGGCGUUUCUCAUUUUGCAGCGGAGCCCAGUGUCGGCCCAGGCUGCCUUGCCCAGCACUUCACCGUGCCACCCCGUGCCGCUGCCUGGUGGCAUCACCAGGGACACUGCUGGGGUGUGUACUGCUGAAGCUCUGCAUGAUUUCUGGCUUGACUUUAGAAGGCAGUGCCCUGGUCUGCACAGACGGGUACCCCAGCAGCACUUGUGACGGUCCGCCUCGCGGCUGGCGCAUGUCUUGUGACGUUGGUGAAGAGUUACUUCUCUGCUGGAAUCCCCCCCCGAUAUGUGCUGCUCUGGACAGGAAGCCCAAAGUUCCUGGCAAUGAGUGACUUGCGGUGUGGGGCGCAUGUGCCGACACUUGCGGUGUGGGGCGCAUGUGCCGACACUUGCGGCUGCUGCUGCUUAUUUGUUGUGUAUAUCAUGCACUUGCCAUGUGUGCGUUGGGGAUGGGGGGAUUGUUUGAGAGCGAGAGAGGUUUCAAACGUGUUUUGUGUGAGCGUCUUGAGUGAGAAGUCCCGUGAGUUUUCUACCUUUCUGUUUUUGUAGGCUAGGAGCACUGACUGACUUGACUAUUAGCUAGGGUAUGGUGUGAGAACUGCGGAGCGUAGGACCUCACCAGAUUGCUCAAGCGGUCAAAAAAUCCAGAGGGGACGCUUGCCCGCACCCACGAGCUGUCUUGGACUGCUCCCAUGGGUGCGGGCUGUGAUGUGUUCAACGCAUUGCAGUUUUGGCAUUUUGCUGUCUGUCGAUCUGGCCUGUGCAACGGCUGGGUCCUAGUGAACGCUUCUGUCUGAACUCGUCAACUGCUGCACCACAGUGUUGCCCUGCCCUUGGACGGGGCGUCAGCUGUCUGUGCCGAGGCCUGUGAAGGUCUGGCGCCAUUUAUUGCUGUACAUCAGAGGCCCGCUUUUACCAAUGGGCCUGCAAGGAAUGUGGUUCAGGGGAGGGUGAAAGGCAGUCACCAAGGGUGAUGAUGGGGUGACUCAUUGCAACAUGCCCGGAUGAUGCAAUCUUCCUGACUAAUCCGGGCGUAACAUUCAUUAUGUCCCGAUUCCCUGUGGCAUUAGAGAGGGAGGCGGUGUUUGCACUGACCAGUUGAUUGAAAUCACCACAAGCGUUUGAUGAAGCUGUCGCUGGCAGUUUGAAGCAAAGUAUGGUUUACCUGCAACAGUCAGCUUUUGACAGCAUAGGAGUUUGUGAGCAAGCAAAAUGUGCCCGCACUCAGAUAUACCCAAGCAAGAGUGUACCCAAGCUAUAAGGAACCUAUCAAGACGCUUGGGGCAUACAUGGAUGCAGCCUGAUAGAAAAGCUGCUGAGAUUUGUGUGAUGUGGGCAGCGAAAAUGAAGUGGUACAGUGGUAUAGUACCCUUUUUCAAGGUGAUCGUUGGAGUAGUCAUCUGCUUGGACCAAGUGCUUUGUGAUACAGCGCCAAUAAUUCUGCUGGAAGAUGCUGCGUGAUUACCAAUGGCUAUGGAAGCCAGAGAUGGAUUUGUCUGGACCAAUAGGAAUCAAUCUGCCCUGUGAGCAACAAACACGAGGGCGUAUGCUAGGACUUUAAAGGCCUGACCAUGUGUCUAUGAAAUCUUGCAAGUUGCUGUGCUGUGAAAAACACCCAAUAAGAAGCUUCGCCUAGGACGUUGCUGUGCUUGUAUUCUUGUGAACAUGCUUAAGAAUGUGCAAAGGACAUGUGCAGGGCUCGUGUAACGGAUCUUUCUGUGUCAAACAAAAAA